AGCGGUUGCCGCCUUGUUUAACAAGCGUUCCAAAGGGCGUGAGUGUUAUUUUCAUUUACUUUCUCUGAGGGUAUUGUUUGGUUGCUGAGAAAAUAGGCGAAAAGGAAAACAAAUAGUUGACAAAACAGAAAAACAGAAACCCAAAUUUGUGUUGUUAUUGUCGGCAAUCAAUCAGAAUUUCAGGAGUAGCUCUUUGAAAUGAAAAGAUGCUACUCCACCUUCAAAAAACCGUUAAAUUCAAACCAGCUACGGCUCUUUUCACUUGAGUCCUGCAAAUCAAUGAACCAAAUCAAACAAACCCAUGCGCAUUUGAUCACCACAGGGCUCAUCCUACACCCGAUCACAGCAAACAAACUCCUCAAAGUGUUGAUAGCUUCGACCUUUGGCUCUCUCUCUUAUGCACACCAAUUGUUUGAUCAAAUUCCUAAACCCGAUGUCUUUAUUUACAACACCAUGAUCAAGGCUCAUGCAGUUAUACCCACUUCUUCGCAUAAUUCCAUGAGAAUAUUCCUAUCCAUGGUCCGGGUUUCGGGCUUUUUGCCCAAUCGAUACACGUUUGUUUUUGUUUUCAAGGCGUGUGGUAAUGGAUUGGGGGUUUUGGAGGGGGAACAAAUUCGGGUUCACGCCAUUAAAAUUGGAUUGGAGAGCAAUUUAUUCGUUACCAAUGCGAUGAUAAGAAUGUAUGCGAAUUGGGGCCUGGUUGAUGAGGCUAGAAGGGUGUUUGAUUGGAGCUUGGACCAGGAUUUAUACUCUUGGAAUAUUAUGAUUGGUGGGUAUGUUGGGUCGGGUGAAAUUGGUCGAGCUAAGGAAAUGUUUGAUGAAAUGAGUGAACGGGAUGUGGUGUCAUGGAGUACUAUAAUUGCCGGUUAUGUUCAGGUAGGUUGUUUUAUGGAGGCUCUGGAUCUCUUCCAUGAGAUGCUGCAAACAGGUCCCACACCAAAUGAAUUUACCUUGGCAAGUGCCCUUGCGGCCUGUGCCAAUUUAGUGGCAUUGGAUCAAGGAAGGUGGAUACAUGUUUACAUUGACAAGAGUGAGAUCAAGAUGAAUGAGCGAUUGCUUGCUAGUCUCCUAGACAUGUAUGCAAAGUGUGGAGAGAUUGACUUUGCUGCAAAAGUUUUCCAUGAUGAAUAUGGUCUGAAACUCAAGGUUUGGCCUUGGAAUGCCAUGAUUGGUGGAUAUGCUAUGCAUGGGAAAUCCAAAGAAGCAAUUGAUCUUUUUGAACAAAUGAAGGUUGAGAAGGUUUCUCCUAACAAAGUCACAUUUGUUGCAUUAUUGAAUGCUUGCAGCCAUGGAAAAUUGGUUGAGGAGGGAAGAGGUUACUUUAAAUCGAUGGCAAGUUCUUAUGGGAUUGAGCCAGAAAUAGAGCAUUACGGGUGUAUGGUGGAUCUACUUGGGCGUUCUGGGUUCUUGAAAGAGGCAGAGGAGACUGUAUUCAAUAUGCCAAUGGCUCCUGAUGCUAUUAUAUGGGGGGCACUACUUGGUGCUUGUAAGAUUCACAAAGAUAUCGAGAGGGGACAAAGAAUAGGAAAAAUCAUUAACGAAUUGGAUUCUGACCAUAUUGGUUGUCAUGUACUACUGGCUAAUUUGUAUUCUGCAACUGGGCAAUGGGAUGAAGCAAAGGCUGUGAGACAGAAAAUUGAAGUUAGUGGUAGAAAGAAAACCCCAGGUUGCAGCUCCAUUGAGUUGAAUGGAGUGUUCCAUCAGUUCCUAGUUGGAGAUCGGUCUCACCCCCAAACCAAGCAGCUCUAUUUGUUCUUAGAUGAGAUGACUACUAAGUUAAAGAAUGCUGGUUAUGUUCCUGAAUUUGGAGAGGUGUUGCUUGACAUUGAUGAUGAGGAAGAUAAGGAGACGGCACUAUCAAAGCACAGUGAGAAGUUAGCUAUUGCUUUUGGGUUGAUCAAUACACCACCUGGAACCGCAAUACGCAUAGUGAAGAACUUGAGAGUCUGUGCAGACUGCCAUGAAGCAACAAAGUUCAUCUCCAAGGUCUAUAAACGGGAAAUAAUUGUCAGAGACAGGAUUAGGUAUCACCACUUCAAAGAUGGAUUCUGUUCUUGUAAAGAUUACUGGUAAAGACAUGCAAAAGGAUGUCAGUGCUCCUCCAUAUAUAACCUGGGAAAGUUUGGUUGAGGACAUGACAAGCUAAAAAACACAUGUGGUUGCAGAGAUGGCUAUCUGUUGAGACUGUUUUUGCAUUGCCUCUCACUUAAGGAGUUGAAUUCAAGUUGGUCAUCAGUGAAGCAGAUCAUUCUAUUCAAAUUUUAGCCGAGGGAGCUACUUCAAGAAGUUAGGUAGCAGAUCCUGAAACCAAUAAAGAAUAGACCCUGAAGCAGGCAAGCGAGAGCACGGCUAUGAUCAAGAAUUAUUUGGUGCAUGAAACAUACCAUAUAUGUGUUCGAUAUCAUUUAUUUUCAUGUUGAGUUCCAAAUCUUCUCAAGUAUUCUUUUUCUUCUUUCAAACAGAGAAGAAACUGGCAUCUCUUACCUUUGCCAAUUCUGGAAUUAUGUGUAUGUGGGCUUUUCUCCUUGCUGCCCAAAUUCUGUGUUCUGGUCUCCAAAAUGUUGAUGGUUUAUUUCACCCUUUGCCUUGCAGUUUGGAGUUCUUGAUUCUUAGCAUUUUUAA